UUAAGCAAUUCCUCUUUUGACCGAAAUGAGGGUUUUUCCUCCGUUUUUCUUAAAAAUGCAAAUUACUGACUCAAAUCAAUAGUUCGCUUUGUAUCGAAUUUGAUCCGUACAUUAUUUUAACUCUUUCAACAUUUCUGGCUCAUCAUCCAUUGCAAUCUUUCCACAGUGUCUCUGCGAGGACAUAUUUUUUUUGUUCAAAAAUGAAGGCCUAUAUAAAAUUGCCGCGAAUAUUACUUAAAGCCGCUAUAUGUCUGCUUACUUUGCAUGUUCGUAUUAACCUGCAAACAGCGGUGUGCGUAGAUGGAUGAUGGUGUGGUAAAGUUUUGUCAGCCCCAAAGCACUCCCCUGAAGACCUCUUUUAACUUCUGUCUUUGGGAGGGGGUUUGUGGCGGCUCUGUCCUACCUCUUCGUAAUCGUUCAACUGCACUAUGCCCUGCUUGGAAUUUUAGAUUCGUCAAUAUUUCGUCUUUUUACGGUACCCGAGCCGGAAGUUUCAGUAACUAUAUUAGUAUUGGUGAAAAGAGUAACUUGCUGCUACUGUAGUGUACAAAGUGAUCGCCAGAACACGCUGACUGUUGAAAUGUUUCAGGAUUUUAAGAAGACUAGAUAUGGAAGAUUCAUGAAUGGCCGAGUGCCACCCCACAAAAGGUACCAGCCCACAGAUUAUGAGCACGCGGCCAACUGUGCCACUCAUGCGUUCUGGAUCCUUCCCAGCAUCCUCGGCAGCUCCCUCUUGCACUUCCUCUCUGACAACCAAUGGGAGGCAGUUACCGCAUGGAUCUAUGGCCUGGGGCUGUCAGGCCUCUUCAUCGUGUCCACCGUGUUCCACACCAUCUCCUGGAAGAUGAGCCACUUCCGGACUGCGGAGCACUGCCUGCACAUGUGCGACAGGAUGGUGAUCUACUUCUUCAUCGCAGCUUCCUACGCCCCCUGGCUGAACUUGAGAGACCUGGGUCCUUGGGCCUCCCACAUGCGCUGGGUCAUAUGGGUGAUGGCGUGCAUCGGCACGGCCUAUGUCUUCUUCUUCCAUGAGAGGUUCAAGAUUAUAGAGUUGCUAUGUUACACAGUUAUGGGGAUCUGUCCUGCCUUGGUGAUCCUGUCAAUGACUGACAGGGGUGGCGUCCUUGAGCUGCUCCUAGGGGGCGUGGCCUACUGCAUGGGCAUCGUGUUCUUCAAGAGCGACGGGCUCGUCCCCUUUGCACACGCCAUCUGGCACCUGUUUGUGGUGCUGGGAGCCAGCGCACACUAUUACGCUAUCUGGAGGUAUCUGUAUGUGCCUGGAAAUGGGCAGAUGAAGACCUCGAGAUGACACGACUGCACAACUCGGCCACACAUUCUCCCUGGAGACCUGCGACUAACUGCUGGUGUGACCAAGUCCUACAGCUUAAUGAAAGGCGGUAACCUGGUUCCUGUGGCAGAUGUAGCAUCUAAAUUACCUUUUACUCAACAAAAGUCUUAGUUUAGUACUGUAGCUUUGCCCUUUGAGUCCAAAAACAUGAACUGGAGACUCUUUACUGAUCAGAGUGUAUGAUGGUGAGUGGAUACCAGGCACCAGACUGGCCUCCCAUCCAGGUGGCCUCUUGUCUCACACCCUUUGCUUCCUAGAAUAGGCUACAAAUGCACUUUGACCUUAUACCGCAUAUGAGACUUUAAAAGGUGGAAGGAUGGAUCGUUGCUAAUGCAACGACUCAUUGAAAUAUUUAAGAUUAAUGUGCAAAACAGAACGGAAUUGUAAUGGAGAACCAGGCUGACAGGUACCACAUUCUCCUCAUUGCUCAUUAGUAUCCUCAGCGGAUGGUAUUUAUGUAUGAGGUGCUUGCGGAUCGCUUUGAGUAAUGCUAGAUGCGCCUGGACACCUGUGCUAUCCUUAUUUGUUGAACUCAUUAAGAGCUUCUUAAGCCUUCUUAAGAAGGGGGGACCAGUUUAUUAAAGGCUUGUUUUUAGGUCACGUAAUCAUGAAUGGAUCCAGAUAUAGUUUGGCUUUGGGAUACUUCCAGUGGCUUCCGGAACCUGGUUAGCGCACUCAGCUAAAGCGACAUGAAAUAGCAGAUUCCUAGAGAUGCUGAGCUAUACAUGGUCUGCAAAUACUACAAAUUAUCCAGCAUGGCAUCUAGUGAAAUUCUGGUUUUUUUUCUGUGCAAGAUGCCUAAACAAACACAAAUGUAACCAUAAUCAAGGGAAUUGAGGCAUAAACAACUAUCACACAUCUGGCAUGACACUCGCACUUUCAGACUCCCACGUUUUCAGACUGUCACGCUCACGCAAGAAAUCUCACGGAAAAUCAAUGUUACUCCAUUAUAAACCUCAAUUUAGCUACAUCAAAUGCGUCGGGGUAGUUUGCAAUCCCUACAGACUAUUUACAAGGUGAUAAAACUCUUACAUACGUGUAAAUGCGUGUGCAUGUGUGUGCAGACUCGUCCUGAAUUGAAAAUCUCACUCCAGCCAGCAGACCCUCCAUAAAUCUGCAGCCCUGCCUAAACAGACUUAUAAGGUGAAUCAUUCAGUGACAGAAAUCUUAUUUUGGGAAUUGUGUCUGCUUCAGAUGUUCCUUGAAAUGACUUACAGUCAUUCCCAUCCCACUGUGUGGGCUUCCGGAAUGAGCCUUGUGAUUUGACAGCAUUGUGAACAUUCCUGUCUGUCUGGCACUUUGCUUAACACCCACACUGUGCUUCCCAGAAAUACAAACAAGACAGAGAAAGUUAACUCAUGUUCGACAGUGGCGAACGUGAAAUCAACUGCAGUGGAAUCUGUGCCUUGAACUCACUUCUUAAGUGAGUUUAGUAAAGUCAUAAAAUGAAGCAGAAACAAACAAAAAAUACUUACAGUGAAGUAUUUAAGCUGUAAACUGCACACUGGUAGUUUUUCCUAGCAUAAACAUAUUUAAUCGGACUUUUUAAAUAUCAUGUUACGGUAAAGUGGGGGUCUUAACGAAGGGGCUGAAGUGCCUAUAACCUGCACCACCUGACAGCUGGUAAUUAUUCAGCAUUUCAGCAAUGUAAUCAGUGUUACUUUAAAUACAUGCAUCAUUUCAGUUCUGUUGGCAUAAUAUGAAUGUCAUUGGAGAAGAGAUGUAAUACCUAACUGCAUUGUGGGUAAUCAUUCCUACUAUGAGUAAGUCAUUUUCCUUUGCUGUGGUUUGUUGCUUUUUUUAGUUUGUUGUCACAUUCCUCUAUUUUUCAUAUUAUAAAACAAAAACAUUAAUAUAUUGACAGUGUUUCAAAUCUUAUGAAUCUAUUGAGGUAAAUGCAGGGAUUUUUCUGACAAUUCAAUCCUUAGGCCAUAAAUUUUACCUGAAGCCUCACAGUAGUUCCGCCUGCUUUUUAGGAUAUAGCACAAGCAGGGAGGACUAAAGGAUGAAAAUGCACACUACCGACUGGCCUGGAUGAGAAUCUUGUUCACAAUGUCUUAAAUCACAUGAUACGGGAAAGUUGCUGUAGAUCUGUACUAUAUCUGCCCAAGAGAUUUUUUUCAGAUCUCAGAGCUGCACCUGCCUGAAAUGGACAGACUGUUUAUUCCGCUGUAAGCAGUGGAUGUACAUUACAGCAGAGGUUCGCCUUAGUAUUUGCUGUUUUUAAACGUGUGAAUUGUAACGCGACCCCUUCCGAUGACUGAAUCCACAUUAGACACCAGAGGUGGAUAGUUCAAGCACAGAAAGCUAAAAAUUCAGACCCAGGUUUUUGUUUCGACCAAUCAGCUGAGGACUCUGUGACUCUGACUCUCUAUGCUCAACUGGUUGGUUAAAAUAAAGCCUUAGUCUGGAUUUUUACUUGCCAGACCUGAGCUAUCAGCCUCUGUCAGGCAUGGAUCAGCUGACAAUUUCUCAUCAGAGAAAGAGCAGGGUCCAUGAAGAUCCAUUAGAAUGGACUGGAUUGGCCACAUUAGAGGGUGACCUGAGAAUGUGUAAACCAGUAUGAUCGCUGGUGUAUGGGUACCUCUUCUGGAGAUGGUCCAUGACUGGUCAUGAACAUGCCAAAUAGUGUUGUACUUGCAGAGCUUGUUUGAGGACUGGUGCUGUGGUUCUGAAAGACUGUGAAUCUAAUUGCUCUGUUACAAAACAUUCACAUGAAGUGUUCAAAAUAAACAUUCCCUGGUUUAAAAUUUCUUGUAGGAAUUAUUUUGGUGUUGAAGUGUAUUGAAAUAUAUGGAGUAUAAAAUAUUGAUAUGUGUACCUGUUCCUGUAAUAAAGAUCUUUAUUUUUAAUUGUAUUAUGUUUCUGGAAAUGAAAUUAUAUUCAAACUGGAUCAUA